UUAAAAACAAUCAACGUUUCACCUCAGAGGCCCCGUGUAUUUGUGUACACAUUUCUCCCUUUUAUUUUGCUCCUUUCUCCUCUGUGCUUGAUCCAGCAGAAGGCGGCGUGCUUUUGCCGUCUGUAGCCCACCAUUAGCUCUUUACGGUAGAAACAGGAGAGUGUUCAUCCCAUCCAGACACUCAAACACACUGCAGCAACCUGCAGAUUAGACGAUACCCUGAUGGGAAGGUCUUUCUGCCAAGCGAGGAUGACGAAGGAAAAGAGGAGGAAGAUGCGUCCAGCUGUGCGCACAGGUGAGAAAUGCUACGUCAUUUAUCCCGUCCACUGAAGGCCUCCAGGGACUGGCCUGCUUCUAGACCCAGCACAAGGAACGAUGGACUACAGGCAGCACAGAGACAAGACGAGAGCCAGCUACUUUGGCAACGUCAAGAACAGACUGGGCACCAAGAUGCCUGCAGGCGUCACCCAGCCUCCGGGUUUCUUCACGGGAUCGUGGGACACCACCUCCCGCGCUAACGGAGCCCGGAACAUUUUGACUGCAGCAGAGGGAAGCGCCGGACGGCAUCACAUCCGCAACCCAAAACUGAGGCAGUAUUACCUCAAAGAGGCUGCUUUCCCAUCUGAUGCAAACAAAACGCUGGAAUCAUCGGGUGAGUCAAGCAGGAGAAAUGAGCAAGGGGUUCAUCAGGGGGACACAGUGUUUAGCGUGGCCUCUCAGUUCAGUGGCAGACCAGCAGAUACUACACAAUCCACAGCCACCUGCUCUGCCCUUUCAACCACACAGAAGCCCCGUGUCCCCCAAAGCAAGGCCUCUCCCGCCCAAGGACAGCCACCUACGGCAACAAACCCUGACCUCUGUCCAAGUUCGGAGCCCAGAAUGGAUGCUGUGACCCCCACAACCCCUGUUUCUCCGUCAACAGACGCAGAAUAUGACAAGCUACUGGACGUGGAGGCGGUGCCAAUGCCUGAUGGCCAGCUGUGCCUAUUGGCUCUCCCGCCUGAGUGUGCACAGGGGGCGGGGCCAACAGACAUGCCUUACCUCAAGUUGUUCUGUCGUUUCAUCACUGACCGGAAAGGUGUGGUCUCUGGGAUUCUCCUGGUGACGGCCAACAAGAUCUUCUUCGACCCUCAUAAGUCCCUCCCUCUGGUGCAGGAGAACGGCUGUGAGGAGUAUCUGUUCUCCUGCAGUGUGGACAACCUGGCAACAGUCAGCUUCUUCUCCGACAUCUCCCACGUUCACUUCAGCAAAUCCACACAGAGGUGGAAAGGUCGUAAGAAGUCCUCAAAAAGCAAACCCUCAAAAGACAGAAUCAAAGAGAGCCAAAGUGAAAUCCACAGUGCCACACCUCAGUCCAAGGCAGAUGCUGUUCCUGCACUGGUGAGGUCAGCGACCUGGGACCUCCACAUUUCUCUCAGGACGGGUGCAGAGGCGAGCACGGGCGAGGAGGAGGGUGGGGAGAGCCGAGACAUGGCUGAGGUGGAGCGGCAGCUGGAGCAGCUCACGUUGGAGUCCUCUGGGACGCUGGGAGCAGCUGUGCUGAGCAGCGCUGCCACCUUCUGCUGUGGAGGAGCCAACACAGAACUGGAGCAGGAUUGUAGAACAGAGCAGCAACCAUGUUUGAAGAAGCAGGUUUCAGGCCAAGGCUGUGCCAGCUCCCUGAUGUUUGUGAGAAUGCGUCAGAAGCCUCAGGCCGCAAAGAAGAAGGGCUUUGCAGCGCUGGAGCUGGGCAAAGCCAAACCUACAGCCUGCAGAGAUGCCUGGUUCACCAUGCAGCAGGAUAGUUCAGACGAGCUCUACGCCUACCUGACCCAGCACAGGCCGGACCUGUGCAUCCUGGAGGGAGGUGAGGAUGAGGAGGCGGAGAGAGAUGAAGAUGACUUUGUGCUUAUUGAUGAAGGAGAGAGGGAAGAAGAGGAAGAAGAGGAGUCUACGAGGGAUGGACGCGCGGGGGACGAGUGGGAGAUUGUGUGUGUGGAGGACAGCAGGGGGAAGGGCUUGCUCUCUUUAGAUAAAGAACCAGAAGGACUGAGUGACAUUCUAAAGCAAAGCCUCAUACUGAACGCACAGCACAUCCAAGAGCUCUCGAGUGAGUUGCCUCCACGUACGGUUGGUCACUCGUGGAAGCUGGCCUACAGCACGAGUAAACAUGGCGCCAGCCUCAAAACCCUGUACAGGAAACUGAGCGUUUCAGACUCACCCGUCCUUCUGCUCAUCAGAGAUGACAACCAGCAGGUGUUUGGCAGUUUCCUUUCUAACUCACUGCGGCCAAGCGACACAUUUUAUGGUACAGGAGAGACUUUCCUCUUUCUGCUGCACCCUCGCUUUAAGAGUUUCCGCUGGACAGGUGAAAAUUCCUUCUUUAUCAAAGGAGACCUGGAUUCUUUUGCCAUUGGUGGUGGAAGUGGUCACUUUGGCCUGUGGCUGGACGAGACACUGUACCUGGGCAGGAGCAGCCCCUGCUACACUUUCAACAACUGCAGUCUGUCUGAGACCAGUGACUUCAGAGUGCUGGAGCUUGAGGCCUGGACCUUCUGGUGACCCCAAGGACCACCCCAGACCAUUUCCCAAAACAUCACAGCACAAAGGGCUUCAUUUCUUGGUAGAGUGGACAUUAGUUUGAACAAUCUCUAAGAGAUAAGAUGACCUGUGAUGGAGUGUGCUCAAAUAUAGAAUAGCUGCAAUACUGGAUGUAUUCUAAAAGGUGAAGACGCUUCAUAUUAAGAACAAAGGCCACCACUAACCCAAAAAAGUGACCGCACAUACAUCUUGGAGUCUUGGACUGGAGAAACUGAACUGUGUGGGCAUAGAACGCCUUCGGUCUGACUGCGCGUGUGAUCCCAUUGAGUCACAGUGGAGUUCUUGCUCUCUGUGUAGAAGCUUCAGCUGUGAUGGUCUGACUGGGUCUCUGGAGUUAAUGCUUUGUUUGGUAGUCCUCCGUCGUUGCUAUCAGAAGUUGAGACUCUUGUUCCAUGAGUACAACCAGUGUUUCACUGUCAGAAUAGCUCAAAAUGACAGCACCUUUAUGUCUUCAGCCAUUAGUGCUUAAAUCAGAUCUGCACAGUUUUCCCUUCACCACAGAUGUCCAUCAGACAGGGCAUGUUUGGUGUCUAAAGCUUGUUUCUUUAUUUCAUUUUAUUUGUCUAUUUUAUGGAUAGCGUUGUUAGACGCUAUGCAAAUAAGUCUGAAUGUAGUUACUGAAAGUAGUCUAAAUGUAGUUAACACAAUACUGAGGCAAGUGUAUUAUCAAUUUAGGCAUGUAACUUGGGCAGUGGUAACUAGUGGGGUUAUAGAGAUGUAAAUUCUGACUAAUUUUGACAUUCGAUUAUCUGGAGUUUAUGAAUGGAUGUCCCUUAGGGAUGUGCAAAUACUGAUGGUUCUGAUCCUGAUGUUUCAUUUUGAUACUGUAAUGAGAUCAAUUCUCAAUACUAAGUGUUUUCCUUAUGUAAUAUGGUUCUGAGUGGUAAUUGGUCAGCAUUACUGACACUGAAUGCUUACUGGUUGGCAUUGCAGCUACCGAGUGCUGAUUGGUUAGCAUUACAGUUACUGAGUGCUGGUUGGUUGGCAUUACAGCUAAUGAAUGCUGGUUGGUUGGCAUUACAGCUAGUGAGUGCUGAUUGGUUGGCAUUACGGCUACUGAGUGCUGACUGGUUAGCAUUACUGCCACCAAGUGCUGAUUGGUUAACAGUACUGCCACUGAGCGCUGAUUGGUUGGAAUUACAGCCACUGAUGGAUGAUCGGUGGGCGAGCGGUGCACUCACUAAUGUCAUGAACAUAUAGCAGCCGCCUAUAUAAAGUCCUGUAUGUGGAGUGCUUAAAAAUAUAACAGCAGUGUUAAAAUGGUUUGUGCUAUUCUGUGUUUACUGAGUGGCGCCUCCCCUCACUGAGCAUUCUAUGGCACAUCCCUGUGGGCAGUAAGCUUCCAUCACUUGUUUCAUACAUUAGCCUCAUAGCUGUAAAAUUGAAGAAGCAAACUUCAGACACCAGUACUGUUUUGGCUGAGUACAUUUGGAAGGGGGAAAUGAUGUAGAUCUUUUUUUUUUUUUUUUUUAAGUUAGCUGUCUACCACUACACUGUAAAACAUCAUCCUUCUCUCAGAUCUAUACCUGCUCAACAUGAAUGCUGCUUCAGUGUUUUGUUACAGUUGCCUCUGUACAGAACGAGAUGUUAUUCAGAACCUUUUUUUCCUUUGGAAAGUACUGAAAUAUUUGCAGAAACUAGUCAGUGUCAUGCUAGAAACCUUACAAAACUACAAUAAUGUGAAUGGCUUCUUGCCUCUAAUGCACUUGCCGGUCAGCUUUGACUGGAUGAACGACUUUAACUCACUUUGAAUAUUUGUAGAUUGCGCACCACUGGCUUACUCACAAUGGCAGACUGGUCCACUGUAGCUGAGCUCACGCAUUAAAACAUCACCACUUACAUCUUUAGUGCCAACGACGUGUAAUAAGUGACCGCAGAUGAAUGAAUUAAAGGGUAAUCCAAAAUUUUCAUAACUUAAGUGAUGAUUGAUAUGAAGUUGUUCAUUGUAGAGAAAAUGAUUUAGAUUUCUUUACAGUGGUGGUGAUGGGAACCAGGGGUCACAACAUCUGCAACACAAAUAUAGCCAUUUUAUUUACUAUCUAGAAUGACAAUAGAACCUUCACGUGUCUCACAAGUUUUAUAUGUGAGGUUAAUAAUGGUAAAAUAGUAGUGAAUCAAAAACAAAAAUACUUUUCUUUGGGGACAAUUUUGCCUUACAACACAUGUACCACUGCACCAUGAAUAGAUAUUUAAAAAAAAAAAAAAAAAAUUGACCAAAACCUGACCUUAAAACUGUUGUGAAACAAUGUCUUUGGGCAUCAGUCAACAUA